AUGGCUUCUGGAGGCAACAUGGGCAUUGAGCCCAUUGCCGAUCCUCGUGCAAACCCCAUCACCGAUGAUACCAUCGUCAAGGGUAAGAUUAUGGAGCGUGAGUGGGGUCUUGAGGCUCGUGUCGACUCAACUGUCACUUUCGAAGAGUAUGAGUACUGGGCUCAGAUCGAACGUGCUGAUGAGGCCGAGAGGGAUCGCCAGUACCUCGAGAAGCGUGGUCCUCGAACAUUCAUCUCGACCAUCAAGGGUCGAUUCUCGCAUGGUGUUACCCACGACGAGAAGAAGGAACGUGAGAGAGCCGAGAAUGACGAACAGGUCAUGGGAAAUAAUGAGAAAUUUACCACUACCGUCCGGGGUAGCGAUCUCAAUGUGUCGGAAGAGGAAUGGAAGACUGCGGCCCGAGCUUUGAAGACAACCAGCUGGGGAACCAUUUUCUUCUUGAUUACCACCGAUAUUCUCGGUUGGUCAUCUUGCCCAUAUGCAUUCUCCACUGUCGGAUACGGCCCUGGUGUUGCUCUCUAUGUGGUCUUCUCGGUUGCUGCUGGUAUCAGUGGAUGGAUUCUGUGGAAAGUUUACCUGGCUCUUGACUCAUCUCGAUACCCUAUUCUCAGUUAUGGCGACACCUUCUUCCGUGUAUUCGGCAGGAAAUCACGUCACUUCAUCAACGCUACCCAAGCUCUCCAGCAAUUCAUGACUGUUGCCGUUUUGGUUCUUGGAAGUGGUCAGAUUAUCGCUCAGCUGUCGAGCGGAAGCAUUUGUUACAUUGGUUGCUUUGCCAUCUUUACCGCAUUUGGUAUUAUUGCUGGUUUGAUCCGUGGCUUGCAGCAUGUCGGAUGGUUGGCCAACAUGUCUGUCUGGUUGAACAUUGUCAGCUUCAUCAUUGUUAUGGUCGCAGCAGCUCGUUACCCAGUCGACUAUGGUGCUACAAUUGGAAGCACUCGUAUCAAGGAUAUGGCUGAUGGUCUGCCGGCACCUGUCGUCACAUUCGCCGGCGCACCCCCUGACCAGUACCAACCCGCCGCUGUUGGAUUCUCCGGGCAGUUGAACGGUGUUAACCAGAUGGUCUACAGCUGGGGUGGUGCUUUGCUCUUCGUUGCUUUCCUCGCUGAGAUGCGCAACCCCAUGGACUUCUGGAAGGGACUGAUGUUGGCCCAGCUCUUCAUCUGUGUCGUCUAUAUUUUCUUCGGUGCUUUCGUCUACUCUUUCUACGGCCAGUACUCCGCCCAGGUUAUCACCACCGCCGUUACUCCCUUCUCCCUCCAGACAGUCGGAAACGUCUUCUCACUGUUGACCGGUGCUAUUGCUUGCAUUAUGUACUUCAACAUCGGUAUGAAGACUGUCUAUAUCGAGGUCUUCCAGGAGAUCUUUGACUUCCCUCCCAUCACCACCAAAAAGGGUCGCUUCUGCUGGUUCGCCCUGGGUCCUCUUUACUGGAUCCUCGCCUUCAUUGUCGCAGCCUCCGUCCCUAACCUGAAUGGUGUCUCCGGAAUUGUCGGCGCCCUGUUGAUUCUCAACUUCACUUACACCUUCCCCGCUCUGUUGUACGUUGGUUACAACUGCCAGAUUGGUGCCAAGCUCUCCGGUGAGGGUUUCGACCCCGCCACACGCGAGACCAUUCGACACGAUACUGGCAUUAAGAGAUGGGUUCGAGGUUUCAUGAACAGAUGGUAUUUGAACGUUCCUAGCACCCUCUACUUCGCAUGUGGACUUGCUUUGUCUGGUAUGGGAUCAUGGGCGGCUAUUGAGGCUCUGAUUGAGUAUUUCGCUGGAGAGUCCUCCAUUGCUACCUCUUGGGGAUGCGCUGUUCCAAUCUCAUAA